AUGGCCAACUGGAGAGAACGCGGCUAUGUGCCGGACUCUGAUGACGAAGAGGAUGAAGGGGAGGAAACGGAGCAGGGUGUCAAUGCCGUGCUCGGUCAUGGCAACGCCACUACUACUAAGCACUCGAUUGAGGCAUCUACGACUGUAACAAAGCAAGACAGCGGUCUUGAGGACCGAUCGGACGAAAAGGCUGGACCAAGCACCGUGAACCACUCUUCUCAGCUUCGAAAUGUCGACAACGGUCGCUCGGGCUCUAAUGGCUCUGCUCAAAGAAAUCCUGCCACUGAAGCGCCGGUAUUGCCGCAGCCAUCUGGCAGUCCAGAUGAUUCAACAGCUGCCAUGCUUGAGGCUGAACUCCUCAAAGGUCUGCAGACUGUCCAGGACAUUCUGGGCUUUAUGGAGAACGAUGGUGAAGACGACAAUGAUAGCCCGCUUUCGUCUCUCCCUUCAUCGCUCGGAAAUUCCCCUCGUCCGACCUCCCCAGCUCGGUUAAGUGCAGCAACAGAUAUCAGACAGUGUGAAGAACCGACAGGCCACGGCAUACACAGACUAGUCGAGGAGCUGGCCGAGCCACGCAUGAGAAGGUCUUUUCGACCUCGAGCCCCGAUUCAAGUGCAUCCUUAUGCUCUCGAGGAUGCCAGAUACAGACAGACUCUGAAGUCCAGGGGUCUAAAGCCUGUCCCAUUGCAGCAGAUCAUCUCGCAGCCGCAUGAGGCCUCGGAGCAGGAUUCCCAAGGCGCGGACACCUUCGAAAGUAGUCAGUCGAAGAAUUCCGACACCCACAGCCGGCCUCGGAGCCCGGCCUCGGACAAGGACGAUGAAGAAGAGUCACAAAGUCCGAUCCGCGGAGUACGCACGCAUAACACUGGUCCUAAAAUCUCGCUCGGCGACGACCUUCCUGACUUGUCAGAUAUUCUAAGAGGCCAUGUACCUCAAAUCCUGACGAAAGCUUCGCAGAAGAGUCGGCAAUCGAGGAAGUCUCGGAAGGCCGCGACUGAUGAUGAUUCUCGUAUCUUUGAUCUUCCGGACGAUCAGGCUGUCCCCAGACGGCCCCAUCGAAAGAAAAGCCCAAGCUUCCAGAUCCCACCCUCGCCGCCUCGGUCCCAUGGUACACGAUCAUCUCAGGAUGGUCCGCUGCCUGACAUGGAUGAAUACUUAUAUGGUGACACAACCCCUACACUUCUUCCGACUCCGUUGUUGUCCUCUGACAAGCAGGGCAUGAAGAGAGUCCAUAUCGAAACUCUUAGCUCUGAUUCGGAACAAGUCGUGAUCAGCGAUGAAUCCUCGGCACAUUCAAGUGCGACCGACCGUUCUGAGGAUGAAUCACAUGGUAUUCAACAAAUGCGCCGAAGGAUCAAGGGCGUCUUGCCGGCGUCCUGGCUAAAGCUAGAUGUCAAGAAGCGGGACAGCAACCUUGUCUCACGCCAUCAGGCACGGUCGCCUGUCAAGCCAGCUCUGGAAAAAGGUGUUGCACAACGUGUUUCGUCUUCUGCCAUAAGAAAAAUCCGCAUGGGGAAUCGUUCUGUUCGUACUGUGGAUGCUGACGCCAUGUUGGACACAUCAUCAGAGAGUGAUUCGGACGAACCAGCUAUGUCGCCCUUUGAUGAUCUGGAUGGCGAUGUCCAGAUGUCGUUCGAGGGUGACGUUGUUGAGGACAACACCAUUAAUGCAAUGCUUGCUCCGAGGUCUCGGAAGGCUCCAUCGAGAAGGAGGCGGCAACAAAAGACUGGCACUCGGUCAAAUUUGUCGGCGAUAAGGCCUGGGAAGCCAGAUGGACACUUCCGCCACAGCGUAAGCAGGCCCGCUGGCAUGGGGUCAAACAACAUCUCACGCCCAAAUAAGAGACUUAAGAAGAGGCACCAAAAGCCCAAGAUGAGCAUAUUAGACGCGCCUAGUUUUCAGGACAAAGAAAUCCCCCGAUUCCUGAAGAUAGCAGGCAGGCGAGGACGAGGCUUCGGCAAGACGAGGCUCCAAGACCCAUCCAAGAAGAUCUUCCAAAUGGCAACCGCAGAGGACACGUUGGAUGUCAUCAAAGAGUUGAAUCAGUGGACAAAUCAGCAGAAGACGAGAGGGCACGGCCUUGAGGGCACAACCCACCACCCCUUGAUCCCACAGCCAGGCAACAUCAACGGCCUACGCGACGACUUCACUGGCACCACUGGAAACAAUGGUUCAACUCAGCUCACUCACCUGAAGCAGACCACUGAAGCGGUCCUUCAACGAAUCCACGUUCACCAAGCUGGGCCUCGAUCUUUCCAUCCGGAGCGUGACUGGACACCUCAGGAUCCGCCAAGCGGCAUCCUGGAAUAUUUUAAGCCUCGACAACCGCAGCGCAGCCGUCCCAGAUCUAAUCAGCAACUUAACAGCUAUACAAGCAGGGCAGUGCAAUCCCGGGAAAGUGCGAAUGUCCCGCAUAGCGUCCCAUCCCUGGUCAGGCGCGUACCGCGCCCUCCUCCAGGAAGGAGGGAGCCAUCUGGACAGCCUCUCGGAGGCCAUCCAACAAUUUCUGCUACCUCAGAUCGGCAGACAAGACUUCGUCCUUCAAGGUAA